AUGAGCCGUCCAUCACUCAAGUGCAGCCGUACUCCAGCACGGCUCAGGUGCUUUUCGAGAGCCCCCGAGUCCACUGGAGGAGUUCCUGUGCUCAAGUACCGAGCCGAGUGGAGAGCCGUGGGCCGAGGGAAAUGGGUGCAGCGAGUCUAUGAGGUGAAAGACGGAGAGCCAAGUCCUCCUAUACUAGAAGGCACUCUACAACCUAAAAGGCAAUUCUCUCAAAAAGUUAAAUGGACCAAACAAGAUGAUGGAGGGUCACCAAUCCACACAUUAUUUGUUUCACGCUUGGUCAUUGGUACACAGAGGGAAGACUCUGACUGGAAGCCCGAGAUCCGUCUGCCCAAUGUGAAGAACCAGCAGGGGCAAGUCCAAGCCCGGCACUCUGACCUUCAGAACCUCAUCGGAGCCUGCAGCUACCACAGAUUCCAUGGAAGAUGCGACAGGCAUGAACACUGGAGUAAUUGUUGGUAUUCUUAUACUGGUGUGUGUGCUGCUCUUGCUGAUCGUGGACGCCACCUGUUGCUUCCUCAACAAGUGUGGCAUCCUCAUGUGCCAUCUGCGGCAAGUUACGGAAACUGCCGCUGCGGUAGUGGACUUGCCUCUUUUUCCGUGCCCACUAACUCAGACACAGUCACUGACACCUUUGACCUUAGCCAGAGCAGCCCAGUUAGCGAGAGCACCACUCUCACCUCCAGCAUCACAGCACCUCCCUCUGACUCUCCUAACCUGGUCCACAUGACACCACCCAACAGCAGCACGCCCAAAUCUCACACCAAACCCUCCAGCUCAUCUCCCCUGUCUUCCGACCCGGCUAAUGUUACUCUCCUGGUAGACCUGGGUGAUUCCCCAGAGCCACAAGCUGAGGUUCCUCCAGUGGUCCCUUCAGAAGAACCAGUCCCAGUGCCUCCUCCUUCCCCCUUCAGCGCUGUCCAACCAGCUUCUAUAAACUCAAAAAUCACAGAAAACGAAUUAGAGUCGCCCGAGUCUCAUGCCACUUUAAAUCCCAUCAGCCCACAGAGCAGCGUCGCAAUCCCCUUAGUGAAUCAUGAACAUGAGAUUGAUGGAGAGCUCCCACUGGCUCCAGACACAGACGUCCCUCCUCAGGAUGGGUCACAUGCUGUGGGGACAGCUGGCUCCAAUGGCCCAUCUGUUCCAGCACAGGACGAGAAAUUUCUGGAUGAUGAUAAGAGUACAACUGAAAACGCAGACCUGAAGAAAGUUGCACCGGGAACUGGAGCAGAACCCAACGCCCUCACACAAACAAACGCCACUGAAAGUAAAGCAUGAGAAGUGAAGGAGUAAAGGCGUCGUGAUGACCAUGAACAUGUCUGUUUAACAGUGCCCUUAAUGAAUUUUCUGAACAAAACGGUGUAUCUACAGACAGAAGUUUCACUUACAAUGUACUGUAUGUAUGCAUUUUUCCUUUUAUUUUUGUUGAUUUAAGUAAACUUCCAGAAGUUUCUGUAUCAGAGUUAACAGACAUCAAAUUCAUAUAAUUCAAAGAUAUUCUUAUAAAGGUUCUUGUGUUUCUUUGUACAUUUUUUUUUCUUCUGUCAGAAGGAUAAUUAUUAUAGCAGGGCAUCAAGUUAUUCAGGAGAAUGAUUUAUUCAGUAAUACACAAACAAUUUAUUUACAAAGUACAAUGUUAAAAUGUAAAUGAUUUCUCCUAUUUUUUUAUCAUGAGUGUUUGAGGGCUAGGUUCGAUUUGUUGUUAGUUUUGUGUUUUAUUAUAUUUUAUCAUUAUAUUUUAUUUACACUUUACUGUUUUGCCUGUUGAAUGAUAACUCAUAAUGGCAUUUGUGUAAAGACAAAAAAUAUCAUAAGAUAUUUUAACAUACUGUUAUAUUACCGAAAGUCUGAUAAAGAUUUCAAAUGAACCAUUUGAUUUGCUGCUGAAGUCUUUAUUAGAUCAGUUUUUUUCAAUUAUCAUGUGUUUCUAAUAUUUGGGAUUUAUACAUUAAAUCAUUCUUCCAACAUGCUCCUAAAGCAUCAGCUUAAACUAAAAUAUCUUCUCAUUUUUAUACCUUGUACCUCUGGAGAAAUGUUUCACACUGUCACCUGCAAGCUUGUGCACUGUGAUUACGUUAUCAAGACCUUUGUCAUCUUAUUUUUUUUCCUUCAAGAAAAUUUGCAUAGCUUUGGAGCAACCGCUGAGUGUCCUUUUAUAACAUGACGGAUGUUAACAGUCAUGUAUGAAUCUGGACUGAUAGGACACGUGACUCUUCUCAGAGUUCUUAUAUCAUCACUCAUUGCAUGACUGUCUGCUUGCGCAUGUCUGAUGUUAAACCAGACUGGCCUGAGCUGUACGAGGAGAUGGUGGAGAAAUAGUGAAGGUUGUGGUUUCUGGAUGUUUUCAGGAUUCCGAUGCUUAAAAUGUUUUGGACCGAAUGAAAGAUCAUUUUGUUUGCCCAUUGUACUCAAGUUGUUCAGUUGUUCACUGCCAGUUUGCCCCAAAACUGUAAAUCGUUUCAUGUAUAUGAGGAUUUGACCCAUGAAAUAGCAGUAUAAUGGGUGAGCUUUACAAUGAUAAGCAAAGAACAUGUUGUAAAUUGUGUUGUUCUAACACAUUUUAAUUAAACUCAUUAAAACACGAAA